AUCGCCGCCGGCGUCCGAUUCACUGUCGCCGCCGCCCGCCUGCUCUGUUCUGCUCGCUCGCCUCCUCCCAGCUCUGCGCCCCCCGCCGCGGAUCCGGCCUCCACUCUCUGGUUCCGCCACUUCCAGCAGACAUGGCAGCCGAGCAGCCGUCGGAGAAAAAGCCGCCGCCGGCGGGAGCAGAGAAGAAGGCCCCGCUCCCCAAGGUGGUCACGCUCAACAAGGCCCUCAAGCUGGCGCAAACAUGGGUGGACAAAAUGAGUGCAUCAGACCAGGAUGAACCCAAAGCUAAGGACUUUGAGGGUCGGCCACCAGGGCUUGGUCUUGGUGCUAAGGUGGCACCUAAUGUAAAACGUGCGGCUCCCACUGAUCCGGUUGAGAGGAGGUUGCUCGGGAAAGUGAACGCGCAAAAGAGAAAGGCUACCGAGGAGGAGAAGACAACUGCACAAGAAGCUAAUGAGGAUAGUGAUGAUGACAGCGGUGAGACUGAAAGCAGAACCAGUGCCUUCAGCAAGAAGAGGACAGCGCCUUCACCUACUGCCAUGCCAUUGGGGAAGAAGACCAAGUGACAAAUUGUGUGCUCAUAUUCAUGUAUGCAUCUUUUCGUCAGAGUAUUUACAUGCUUUUAGACUAAUUACAAGGGUCUGUUGUAUUCUAAAUGUGAGGGGCGCAGGGGAGUAGCUAUUCUGGAUAUUGUUGGUCCUUCCAUAGUUGAUACUAGAUACUCUUUUAAUUUCAUCUAUUAAAUUGGUUUAGAUGAUGGAAGAGAAGCAAGAGGAAUAUAUUUACAAGAUGUCUUUUUUAGCCGGGAUGACCGAAGAUGGUCACCCAAAUUUCAUUACAGGAUGUCUUUUCUAAGUCCAACAACGCGAGGUAUCUUACAUCCUUUUGUAUGUGCGUGUGACCGUGUGUGUGUGAGAGAGAGAGAGAGCGGUGGAAGGUUUGUUAUGCCUGUCAGCUUGUGAUGUAAUCAGUGAGAGCUUCUGGCAUCACACUUCAGAUUAUUGAAUGAACUCAAGCUGCUGCAUUGCACAGAGCAAACAGUGCAACUUUGUGUAUAUUGAAUAGUGCAUGCAUAUUUGAGUAUUCCCUCCAAU